CUCCGACUCCUCUCUGUCUCUCCUACCCAGGGCGCAUCGCUAGGCUUAAUACCUAGCCGCAAGGAUGUUGGUUAGCAGAAUGGCAGGCACUACUAGCAGGCAGUGCAACGAGCGAUGGGUGCCCGGAUGCCGGCCCAUCAUCAUCAUCAUCACCACAACCACCACCACCACCAACCAGCCCGCACACCACCUUGUUCGGCCAUCGCGUGCCGCCCGGCCUUCUCCACUCCACCGUCCCCGCCCCGGUCUUCCUGGGCAGCACAGCACACAGCGCGCAGCAGCUCUCAGUAGGUACUAACUAACGGGGCAACGCCCGCCGCCAAGACGAGGACGUCACGUCAGACAUCCCAAGGUAAUCCCUCCCCUCCCUCUCCACACGACGCCCCAUGUUUGUCGUCCGCUUCACACAUCACCGUCGCCUUUCACACGCUUAUGAACUUGGCAUUUAUUUAACACCAUCAAUCUCCCCCCCCUUGCUCGCACACUGCACCCUCUCCAUCCACCCAUCCAUCUUUAAUAACCCCUCGUCGCACCACCUCUGGCAAAACAUAUACACAUUUUGUCUGCACCGUCACCGCCUGUAACCGUCCACGUCGCACCAUUGCCGACGUCGUUCUUCCGAUAGCCGUCCACCACUUGCUCGCCGUUUACUUAUACGCACCUCGAGGAACCCACCCGCCGCAAUAGCAUCGUCGCGAUCCGUCCCCGCCACGCUGGCAUCAACAACUUCAUCCACGGUGCCCAUCAUGUCCGCUGUCAACGGCGAGAGCUCCACCACCAAGCCUCAUGGCGAAACGGCCGGCUUCGGCGGUGGCUUCCAGCCCCAGGGCAAGAUGACCGUGCAGCCGCCAAAGAAGGAGGAUCUCCAGAAAAGCUAUGCCUCAAUCGUGGGUGAUGAUGGCAACCCCAGCGGGUGGUACGGUAGUAUGGUCAAUACCCUGGGAGGGCUGAUUGGAACGCUCGGCGCCGUCCCCUGCUGCAUCUGCUGCCCGAACCCCUACAAGAAUGUCCAUCAGGGCAACGUCGGUCUUGUCACCAAGUUUGGUCGCUUCUACAAGGCUGUCGACCCCGGCCUGGUCCGCAUCAACCCGCUCAGCGAGAGACUUAUCCAGAUCGACGUCAAAAUUCAGACUGCCGAGGUCCCUGAGCAGAUCUGCAUGACCAAGGACAACGUCACUCUCCGCCUCACCUCUGUCAUCUACUACCACAUCGUUUCCCCUCACAAGGCCGCCUUUGGCAUCUCCAACGUCCGUCAGGCACUCAUGGAGCGCACGCAGACCACACUACGCCAUGUCGUCGGCGCACGCGUCCUCCAGGAUGUCAUCGAGCGCCGUGAAGAGAUUGCCCAAUCCAUCGGCGAAAUUAUCGAAGACGUCGCCGCGGGCUGGGGAGUCGCUGUCGAGAGCAUGCUCAUCAAGGACAUCAUCUUCAGCCAGGAGUUGCAGGAGUCGCUCUCCAUGGCCGCCCAGAGCAAGCGUAUCGGUGAAAGCAAGAUCAUUGCCGCCAAGGCCGAGGUCGAAUCCGCCAAGCUGAUGCGCCAGGCUGCCGACAUCCUCAGCUCGGCUCCCGCCAUGCAAAUCCGCUACCUCGAGGCCAUGCAAGCCAUGGCCAAGUCGGCCAACAGCAAGGUCAUCUUCUUACCCGGCAGCAGCUCUCAGAGCCUCAAUGCCGCCAUGGCCGCCCAGCAGAACCCGGAGGCCACUGGUGCUAGCGGCGCCGGCCAUGACGGCCCUGCGCAAUAUGACUUUGGAGGUCAGGACCCUGGUCUGCAGCAGGCCAUCAACGCCCGCGUCGUCGAGACUCUCUGAGCGACGCGCAGAUCCCGUGACAGUGUGACGGUGAAAUGCUAACUUGGGGGGUUUCGGGUGGCUUAGCGUGGUCUACUUGAUUUCGAACGCCAGUUUGGCUACAGACUGCCUGAGUCGUCUUCAACCAUUGUUGACUAUACCUGCCCGAGACCCCCCGGAGAUCGCAUCUCCCCCCUUCGUCAUUCUCGCUCUGCCACGACCAAAUUUGACGAAUGGACCCCUCGUUCAAAGUUUUCCUUGCUGUUGGCCUCUUUGCUUCCGCGAAUUGGCUUGCUUUGUUUUCCUACUUGUACGUGAAGUCGCACGGAGCAGUGGCCCCUGGUGAGGGGUUGACGGGACGAUCGAAUAAUGAAACUCGGCGACAGAAAUGUGAUACCCAGAGAUGGACAUUGGCGACACGGGAGAUCGAGGGACGAGGUGCGGGAGGUUGGCUGGUUGAUUUCUCAAUGGAUACCCCAAAUCGCUCACUGCAAGGACCCGGGGCAGCUGUAUAAUUGUCUAGACCUGUAUUCUGCUAUCAAUGCCACGCAACUCACCUUGUGCUAUCA